GGAGGGCCUGACUGGAGGAGGGCAAGGGGUAGAAGCAGUUCUCCGGGUGGGAGGAGGUGUAGCGGUGGCCGAGGAACCUCUUCUGGCCAGAGGACAAGUCGGACUUGGCAGCGGCAGAGAAGGCGCAGCUAAAGAAAGCAAGGGAAGUAAAGUUAGACUUUCAAGAUGAUCCGCUCGGGGGCGGCUUCAAAAACACCCGUUGGCAAAGCGAGUCGGGGAUGAACAACCAAUGAGCCGUUUGGAGCGCAACCAGGCGAUCAAAUGUUAAUAACGAUGAAAACAUAAUCAAUUGCAGUCAUCGAGCAAUUGCUGAUAUCACUACUAUCAAGUUCUUAUCACAUCUACCGGCAUAAAAACAGGAAGUCAGUGGUAAAGUAGUAAAGCCCGCCACUUGCUCGAUUUGAUUGGCUACCUCGGUCAAGCGUGACAUUGGCGAGCUGUUCGACUCAUGGAUAAUUAUCUUACCUGUAAUGCUUGUCUAAAAAACAUGGCCGCCGUACAACAGUUUCUAGCGUAGUUUUCUCAGUAAACCUUUACUUACCUUUUAUUUUUGUCCAAUCGUCCACAAGUGACGCUAGGGCUUCAAGCAACGCUUUUGAGUUGUUCCUGUCGUGUUUUAUUUUGAAAGGGCCUGAACGUUUGCUAGCUGACACAUCACCCGGUUCGAUGAUGUCGUACCUGGAGUUCUGGACGAUGAGAGGCAUGGACAGCUGGCGGAGGCACGGCGGCGGGUGGAGGUGAGGCUGCCUCAGGGCGCUCGGUGAAGGGUGCAAACCUCGCGGUGGACGGGCGGAGUUGGCCGGGGGCGCUUUGGCAAACAGAGACCGGUGCUCUCUGAUCAGCUCCAACAUCAGCACCUGGACCAGCGCUGCACCUAGCAAACAACGAGAGGGAUGAAGAUGUUCUUCAAAGAACCCGACUGGUUCAAUGGAUGAUGGUGAUGAAGUUGAGCAGGUUGAAGUUGGCAACCGGCAACUCAUGAAGAAGAUUUCUCAACUCGGCCAAAACCUGAAAGAGGAGGAAGAAGAAGAAAAAGAAGAUGGGACUCGGGAAGAGGUAAAGGAGGAAGAGAAUACUGUAUUGAUGCCACUAAAUGUAGGGUUUAACCAUCCCUGAGGCCACCACGACCAAUCAGGAACAAGGUGGUUAACCCUAACCCUGAGGCCACCACGACCAAUAAAGAACAAGGUGGUUAACCUUAACCCUGAGGCCACCACGACCAAUAAAGAACAAGGUGGUUAACCUUAACCCUGAGGCCACCAUGACCAAUCAGAACAAGGUGUUAACCCUUACCCUGAGGCCACCAUGACCAAUAAAGAACAAGGUGGUUAACCCUUACCCUGAGCGCCACCCGACCAAUAAGGGAACAAGGUGGUUAACCCCUAACCCUGAGGCCACCACGACCAAUCAGGAACAAGGUGGUUAACCCUAACCCUGAAGGAGGUUCAUGCAUGAUGUCAUCUGGUUCCCCUCUUUAUAGAAACGGACCAUCUUCUCUCUGAUGGUCUCGUUUACUGAUCUCACAUGGAGGACUCGUGUCAGGACUAAAACUGAAGACGGGCUCAGGACCAGUCAAAGGUUCCUCGCAGUGACUUUCACCAAUGAACUGUGUGGCUGUCGUGUCGUUACCAGUGUGCGAUCGCUCGACAGCUUCUGACCGGCAGUAGCAGGAAGUCCUUGGUAGCGUCCGUGAGGAACCAGAGGCUCCGGCAGCUGUCUGAGGUAGAGCUUCAGCGUGACGCCACCGUGUGGACGUCUGUGCUACUGCGGGACAAACACACUGCGAGUUGACUUCUUUCACAAAACCCCCUUUGAAGGAACAAGUGAAGUGGCAAAGCCAAAAAGAGGAUGAUGCGUGGUAUACCUGUCGAAGGACGGCCUCUCUCCUGCAUCGAAGGCCUCCUGCAGCUCUUUGACCAGACUUGGCCCGUCCCGGCUGGCGAAACAAAGCCCACUUCGUGCAGCCCGCGCUCCCAGGAUGAAGUUCACGCAACUGCUCCACCACCAGAGGAACCAAACGCACCCCGUAGCGUCGCUCGUACAGCACCGUCUCCUCCAGGCGCUGACCAAAGACUCCUGCAAGGGAGGAAGGUGUCAGUGGGGAUUUCUCUCCGGAGCCUACCACGACCAAUCAGGAUCAAGAAGACACACAAAAUAACUCUUUCAAACCUGUGAAGGGGAUCCAGACUCCCUUGUUGAGGCUCUUCAGCCACUCGUCGCCCUGACCGGCGCUGUUGGAGAGGAAGAACACGCCUGUUAAUGAAUCACACGCAUGGAAAUAUCGCCACUGGCGUCUCUUUCCAGAGGAGUCCAACAGCAGCGCCCCCGCGUGGUCACACACAGCAACUACAGCUGGAAUCCCAAUGGGUGGGGACCAGUAACGACAAUGGGGAACGACGACACUCGGAAUCGACUCUUCUUUUGUCGCAUCCAUAUUUGCAUCCCAGGGAGUGGCAACCACUAAUCCCCCCCCUUUCCCCCCGGCGAGAGAGACGAAAGUUGACCCUUCCCACACACACACGCACACACACAGAAAGAUAACCAUGGAGAGCGGCGGCCACCGCUCCCCCAUCUAGUGCCUCGUCCCGAGCCUUCGUCACCGAGGAAGAGGAGCGCUCUGCAGAAUGAACAUGCUCAAGUCCAGCGGACUGAAGAUCCCUGGCCGGGGGCCCAAGCAUUCCAGCCCAGUGGGGAGGACGUCAGCGGGGGGAACCUCCAGCCCCGUCCCGAAAGACAACGCUCCGCUCAAGCCCACCACCCCGACGAAAAUCUCCGAAGAGGGCGACGAUGUUUUGGGGGACUACACGGUGGGCGAGCAGGUCUGGGUCAACGGUGUCAAGCUUGGGGUUAUUGCCUACCUAGGGGAGACCCAGUUCGCCCCGGGACAGUGGGCCGGCGUGAUACUCAAUGACCUGGUUGGCAAGAACGACGGGUCCGUGGGCGGCGUGCGCUACUUCGAGUGCCAGCCCCUCCAGGGCAUCUUCACGCGCCCCUCGAAGCUCACCCGACAGCCGGUCGGAGAGGGAAGCGACACCGACUCGCUCUCUGCGCAGAAUCAGACUCAGCAGGCCGGCAACGGCGGCAACGGCGGCAAUUGCGGCAACGGCGGCAACGGCGUCCACCCCGGCCAGAGGGUGGUGGUGCCGCUGAGAGAGUGCCUGCUCAACAGCGCGGUGAAAACGGGCUACGAGUCCGGGUCCAACAUGUCGGACAGCGGGUCGGUGAAGGGCUCGGUGAAGAAAGGCGGGGAUAAGGAUCUUCGAGUUGGGGAUCGAGUUUUGGUGGGAGGCUCCAAGAUGGGAGUCAUUCGCUACAUGGGAGAGACGGACUUCGCCAAGGGGGAGUGGUGUGGGGUCGAGCUGGAUGAGCCCCUGGGGAAGAACGACGGUGCUGUGGCUGGUACAAGAUACUUCCAGUGUCUCCACAAGUUCGGCCUGUUUGCACCGGUCCACAAGGUGAUCCGCAUCGGCUUCCCCUCCAAGCCGGCCAAGGCUAAGAAGAGCAAGCGGAUGGCCAUGGGGGUCUCCUCCCUGGCCCACAGCCCCAGCAGCUCCUCCAUCAGCUCCGUCAGCUCGGUGGCCUCCUCCGUGGGCGGCCGGCCGAGUCGGACCGGACUGCUGACGGAGACGUCGUCCCGCUACGCCCGCAAGAUCUCGGGCACCACCGCGCUCCAGGAGGCCCUGAAGGAGAAGCAGCAGCACAUCGAGCAGCUGCUGGCCGAGAGGGACAUGGAGCGGGCCGAGAUGGCCAAGGCCACCAGCCACAUCUGCGAGGUGGAGAAGGACCUGAGCGUCCUCAUGCAGCACGUGCAGCACGUGUCGGAGAACGAGAGCAGCCUCCAGCAGGUCAAAGUCCUGCUGGCCAGCACGCAGAAAGACAAAAUGGAACUGGCCAAUCAGCUGGAGGAAGAGAAGAGGAAAGUGGAGGACCUCCAGUUCAGAGUCGAGGAGGAGUGCAUCACCAAAGGAGACCUGGAGGGAGGGUGCUCUCGCGGCGCAGCGGCCUCGAGGUUGGGUAAGAGAACCAAGCAAACCACAGUCGAGGAGCAGAGUCACAUCAUGCAGCUGGAGGAGGAGCUCAGCCUCAGGAGAGCCGAGAUGGAGAACCUGCAGGCCAAACUCAGGGGGUCCGACACGAGCUCGCGGGGGGGGGGCGACGACGGCGACGACGACGGCGACGACGACGGCGACGGCGCUCCGGGGUCCGACGCCCAGCCGGAGACCCUGGUCCUGCGCGCGCAGCUGCUGUCGGCGGGCCGCGAGCGCCUCAAGGAGAGCAGCGAGCUCAAGGAGAAGCACGAGGCGGCGCUGGCGGCCAGCCGGCAGGAGAUCGAGUCGCUGAAGGCGGAGCUGGAGAGGAGGAGCCACGAGGUCGGCGAGAUGAAGCAGAAGGUCCAGCAGGCCACCCGGGAAAACGUGGAGAUGAUGGACACCUGGAAGGUUAAAUUCGACUCUCUAACGGUGGACCACCAGCGCUCCUUGGGGGAUCUGAAGGCCUCGUUGAGCGGCGAUCGCCCCGCCCCGGCGGGCUCGGAGCAGGACGCCCAGGAGCUGAGAGCCGCGCUGGAGAGCCUGAAGACGGAGCACCUGCUGGGGGUGGAGAACCUCAAGGCCAAGCACAAGAUCGAAGCCGCCAUUCUGACCAAGGAACGGGAGGACUUCUGCACUCGCCUGCAGGAGGCCAAAGAGCAGCUGGCCGAGGUCAAGCGGGCGCGGGGGGUCGAGGCGCUGGUCGACAGCGGCGGCGAGCGGUCCCUGGAGGCGGCGGAGAAGCUGCAGAAGGCGGAGCAGAGGCUGGCGGAGAUGGAGGAGCUUCGGGCGGAGCAGGACAAAAGCACGGAGCGGCUGAGGGAGCGGCUGGAGCUGGCGGAGGAGAAGACGGCGGACUAUCAGGCUCUGCAGAAGGCCCAGGCGGAGAGCCAGGAGGGGAUCCAGAGACUGGAGGAGAAGCUGAGGGUGACGGCGAACCAGCUCCAGGCCAUCCAGGCGGACCGCUACACAUCCCAUGAUGCAAAUGUGAUAGAGGAUAAUGACAUUUCAGGGGAGAAGAUGAAGCUGAAACAGAACAUGGAAGAAACGAUGGAGAAGUUGCUGAAAAGGGAGAAAGAGGUCUCCGCUCUCACUUCCCAGGUCGAAGCCCUCAAGAGCCAGACGGGAGCUCUGGAGGCCAAAGUUCGCUCGGGGGAAAAGAAAGCCGACGCGCUGGCCGGGGAGAAGAUACGCUUGGAGGCGGAGCUAGAGUCCAUGACCAAGAAGUCCCAUGAUGCCUCUGGGCAGCUGGUCAACAUCAGCCAGGAGCUGCUGAAGAAAGAGAGGAGUCUGAAUGAACUGAGGGUGUUACUCCUGGAGUCACAUCGCUAUUCCCGGGAUAUGGAGAAAGACCUGAACCGGGAAGUGCACAAGGCCGAGUGGAAGGUGAAGGAGCAGAAGCUUCAGGACGACAUCAAGACCCUGCGAGAAAAACUGCUCCUACUGGGUCGGGAGCGCUCUUCACCUGACCACCGGCGGUACUCCAUGCUGGAUCCCUCCGUCCUGGACUCGGAGGUGAGUCGCCUCCGCCAGCGCCUGCUCAGCACGGAGGACGCCCUGAGGAACGCCAUGGAGCACAACCAGCAGGUGGACCAGCUGGUCCAGGCCAUGCGCAGGGCAUCCAGAUAAAAGCCCGAUUCAUGGUGCAAAUUCAGCCAACGGGAUUCAUCAUCAGGAGUCGGGCAGUGCUCGAGAUGAACAACACUGAUAUGAGCAGAAGAGAUUGAGACUGAACCGGGACACGCGGAGGUCCGUCCUAAAGAAAAGCUCGCCCGACGCUUUCUCCUGAUCCUGCAACGGGACGCCUGAGGAAGAUUUCAGUUUGCAGUUUAAUACCAAAACAACGAAUCUCUUUAUCUCGAGUGAAUUUAUGUGUCGUCGCAGAAAGCACCUAUUAGCCAAUCACGAAGGCCUCUUAAAGUACUAUAAAAUAUAACACAGGAAAUGGGACACGGACAUGAAGAGAUAUUAUGGGUACAACUCCUGAGACUUUUGAUGCUUUGCCGUAGUUUUCAAAUUUCAAUCCGCAAGUUGCCGGGAUCUCUGUGACAAUUCUUAAUUUUGAAUCGGAAAAGAAACGGCUGAUGGACAGCGACGUGAAGAACUGAAGAAACUGGGUCUCAGUCGCUUUGUUUUGUUUUAUUUAUUACUUUUAAUUUGCUCCUCAGCUUUGUUAGAAAUCCUCUUGGCCAGUGAUACUCAGAGCGACUCUUCAAGGAAAACUUCAACUAUUAUUUUUAAGAGAGUUUGACCCGUUUGUCACUUUACUUCAUACCUGAUGAGAGAAAAUUGGUCUGUUCACGCUCCUGCUUUCGUGUACAAUAUGAUGAGUAAUUGUGGGUUAAUGGAAGUAUUAAAAAGGCCCUUUAAAGUG